AUGUCUUCUGCUACUUCCUCUCCUCGUUAUAUACAUCACUGCUGCCCAGAGGCCUUCACACCUCCCAGACGAGGUGUCCUCCCUACUACUACUGCGUCAUGCGAGCUCUGGCCUACUGCUAACCUCUCGCGCUCAUUUGAUACCAAUACUUGUCGGGAAGCGAUGGAGCGGCUAAAA